UGCUGGUGGUGGUGUCUGUGGCUGGUCCCUGUCUCCCCGGGCAAUGGAGCGAGAUCUGGGGGGCUGCCCACACAUGAGAGAUGGGUGGCAGUGUGACUGCACAUAGGUGAGCUGCUUCCCCAGCCCCCUUCUGCCCCCCCACCGCUGGGGAAAUCCUUAGGACUCCCUCUUCCCCUCCCUCUGCCACACCUCCUUCACUUGGAUGAUGUUGCAGCCUCUGUCAGGGGCCGUCUCCUCCAGUCCUGGGCACCACACCCUCCGUCCUGCAUCAGGGGUUUGCCUCCCCCACGGGAUCUCAGCCCUGAGGGUCCAGGGCUGGCCAGGGUCUCCUUGGGUGGCCCACGGGGGUUCUGGAAUUGGAAUGCAGGACCAGCCUGUGCCCAGAAACGGCCUGAAGAUAUUUUAAAGGAAAAAACUGCAUAUAAAAAGCCUAAAACCGACCCCCAUAAGGACAUUCCUUUGUGCUUCACGUACGUCACCUUUACCCAGUCAAAAACGGCCCCCUCAGUGCUGGCUGCUGCUAGUAUUGAGAAGAUGGCCUCCAGCGUCUACCUGUCUUUGUAACCCGCGGCAAAGCACCUGACUUCACACGGUGGCUGAGGUCCAGAAUUUUUACAUAGAUCCACUUACCUUCCACGGCUCAUUCUACUCACUCGUGAAAUGGAGAUACCUAACGUCUCAUAGGCUGUUAAGUGAGGAUUCGUGAACGAAAAGGGACUCAACGCAUGCGUACCACCACACAGCGUAUGGACAUUUGUCCCAGACUUGCACAACCUGCACAACACAAGCAUCCUAGAGAGGGAGAUGGCGAGACCUGCCUGUAAUUUCCAUGCGUGCACGCAGCACUCACUCGCCAACGACCAAGACCCUAGUUUUGCCCUUCUUUUCUCUAACCUGGAGUUGCAGGCCUCGUGGUGCACGCGUGCGGGCCAACUGUUGCUCGGGGUCUCUGGGCUGUGCCCUCCCGGGAGCUGAAAGCCCAUUUCUCCUCACCCUGGUCCACUGACGCACAGACACGCACUGGACGCGUGCGCUCUGCACAGCCUAUCCCCACUCGCGUGAUUUUUUUUUUUUUUUAAGCCAAUCAUCGUCCCAAGCGCAGGCGCGCCAGUCGUGCGAGCGUUGGAAAAUGGCGGGGAAGUUGGACCCUCCCGAGGUGGCGCCGCCGGUAGUCCUUGAGGAGGCUGAAGGUCAGACCAAGUCUUCAAAGAAGACUGAAGAGUUGCUGGAAAUGGUGAAGAAGCUGCAGAAAGAGGGAAGCCUGGAGCCACAGGUCGAAGACCUGAUUAACCGGAUUAAUGAGCUUCAGCAAGCAAAGAAGAAAUCCAGUGAGGAACUGGGAGAAGCCCAAGCUCUCUGGGAGGCCCUGCGUAGGGACCUGGACUCCUUGAAUGGAGAGAAAGUGCACCUGGAGGAGGUUUUGAGCAAAAAGCAAGAGGCACUGAGGACCCUCCAGCUGCACUGCCAAAGGAAGGAAAGUGAGGCUCAGAGGAAGUACAUGUUGGCGGAGCACAUGGAACAAAUUUCUAUCCAUAACUCUCAGAUCACGGAGAGUCAAGGACAGAGGAAGCCGGGGUUGCACGUGGAAGAACGUCUGGAAGAUUUGACAGGCCAGCACAAGGACCCCUGGGAAUUCCACAUGCUGAAGCAGCGACUGGCCUGGGAGAUCCGUGCCCUGCAGAGCAGCAAGGAGCAGCUGCUCACCGAAGAGAGGCAGGCGCGGGCAAAGCUGGAGACGGUGGAGCGGCGGCUGCGCUCGCCGCCCGAGGUCCAGAGCGCCCCGGCAGAGAAAGACGGGCUGAAGGCGGGGCUGGAGAAACUCGGGGGGCAGGUCCCCGCCCAGACUCAGACCACCCCAGAGGACCGGGCCGGAGAGGUAGAGAGCCCGGGAUGGAGGCAAGACGGGCCGAGCAGCGGGCGGGAUCUGGGAUCCGGAGCCCCUCUGAGGGGGUGUGCGGGUGCAGGGCGUCCUCGGGGCGGUGGGGACAGGGAAAGGGCGGCGCGGGUCAGCGUGGGCGGGCGCCAGGGCCCCAAAGCCUGACUCCCAGCCCCCGCAGGACGGCCCCCAGCUCCCAAGCGAGGGCGACCUGGCGCCGCCGGCGGAGCUGGCCCUGACGCCCCCCUAGGCCAGUAGGACCCACACGGCCCCACCUUCCUUCAAGUGCCGCCCGGAAAUAAAGGCGACGUU